GUUUACAUUUUUUUUCUAUUCUAUUUAAAAACUUUGUUCUUAAUUUGAUUUAAUCUUUAAUGUCGUUGGAUUUUGUCAAUUUAUAGAUUGUUAAUUUAACCCGAGGUGUUUGAUCAAUAGAUGGAGGAGUUAAAAGGCUCAGCAGAUUAUCUGAAACAAAAGCAACAUCCUCUUUUCCAAUGUUCACCUGAUGAUGUCGAUCAAGUUUUCGAGAUAACUGAUUUUACAACUGCAACCGAUUGGGAACGUUUCAUUGCUGAUUUUGAGGAUGUUCUUCGUAAAUGGGAUAACCUUGAACAGCCUGAUGAGGUUAACGAAAAACCUGAGAUGGUUUGUGGCUCAAUUGCUGGAGGAAUCGCUGAUUGUUUGAGUCACAGUGAAACUGUUUCUCUUAAAUUUGCUAAAUUUGUCCUCAUUGUCAGACUGUAUUGUUAUAAAGGAUCUCUUCCUCCACUUGAAAGGCCGAUCAAUAAAUUGAUGUACACCAAUCGCAGCGAUGAGCUUACCGGUUAUUUAACAAAAGAUGUACACUUGGAAUCUGAGGAGAGCAGAUUUGAUGUUUUCAAUGAUUUAAUGGAUUUUCGAUACAGUUUUCCACAUCGAGCUCAUUGUAUUUAUCGUUGGUUUGGAGUUAAAAAGUUCGUUGUAAUCUCCCCCAUGGAAAAUAAUCUGAUAACCAGUGAAGAUCGAGCUAAACUUCUCCUUAGUUCUGCAGCAAUCGCGAUGAGGAAUAUCAAUGUGUAUAUUCCUGUUUUCGUUCAAAUUCAUCAUCCUCAGAGAAAAUUUUUCCACGGAAUUUUGGAAGGUUCGACUUCAAGAAUUAUGUUUGACAUGAUUCACUUUAAAGACGCUCCCGAAAGUUAUCAUUAUCUUUCAGAAUUGACCAAAAUAUUUAGAGAAAAGAUUGCAUCUCCAUUUCUCAGUACAGUAUCAAUCGAAUUGUCAGUCCGUUUCACUCAUAUACUCAAAGAAUGGCCUCAAGAGUGGAUUCUUCCCGAAACCGAUGCAACUGAUUUAGAGGAUAGACUUUAUUCACUUGAUACAUCGCCGUUAACUUUAAUUGAAUAUUCAUCUCCACCCGCUCCAAUUGAAGAAAUUCAUCUAUCAACAACUUGGCCUAAACUGAUUGAGGAUAUGAUUAACGAUUCGCCAAACCAUAGUAAUUUAAACUCAAUGGAAGCUCCCUACUGGUCAGUUCGAGCCUUAUUUCAAGAUCGUUAUAUUCCCGCUCUUGUACAUUCAAUAAGUAGCCUUUUUAUUUUGGCUAAAUCAACAAAACAAGCUGAUCAACCCAUGGGAAAAUAUUCUGGUCUUCAAGAAGAUAAAGUUGAAACUGAGGCCAGAGCAGCACUCGAUAGACUUGCUGGUGUUGGUCCGCCGACUUUGACUUUACCUCAAUUCCGAGUUAAUCAAACACUGAUUUUAUCAGAUGAAUUAAAAUGUCGUAUACUUGAAUUCAUAUUUUCACCCAAAUCAGAAUCUACUCAACCAAUUAAUGGAUUAAUGAAAGAUUAUCGGAGUUUUAAAUCAUGUCAGUUCAAUAAUUUGACUUGGAGAUUAUCAAUCAUUUUCCACCAAUUAAAAGAUCUAACCACAAUUGCCUACCUGUGGACGGAGAUUGUCAAACAAUUAAGAGACCAUUGGGAAAAUUUAAUCGAUCUACCAAGUUUGGAAAUUGUUUCACCCGAUCUUUCAACUUGUCUAUUAAAUCAAAAGCUCCAGAUGUUAAAUUGUUGCAUCCAACAGAAAAGGAAGCGAGAAAUUAUCACUCAAAGUGAUUCAGGAAGAAAAAUAAUAACCAGAAAUGAUAAUGGAGAUGAAAAUAAUUCUGAGGAUGAAUUUUUUGAUGCAAUUGAAGAUGAAGAUGAAUUCAAUCAAGGAGGAAAACGAUCAUUACUUCAGGCCGAAGGUCGAUCUCACCAAUUAAAUGGAUUAACACUCAUUUCCAACGAUGAACCUUUGUUUGUACCAAUAACUCAAGAUCCAGCGCCGAUGACGGAAGACAUGAUGAUGGAACAAGUUCAGAUUCUUGCUCAAUUAGGAACCACAACGGAAGGAGCUGCCCUUAGGGCUCGAAUGCAAUCGGCUCAAUUAAUCUCUGAUAUGGAAGCUUUCAAAUCGGCUAAUCCGGGUUGUAUGUUGGAAGAUUUUGUUCGUUGGCAUUCACCGAGAGAUUUUAUUCUAGAAGAUGAUCAAUCAUCAUCUUCUUCUUCUUCAUCUCGAGGUAAAUUAUCGGCACGAAUGGAAACACCAGGUAACAUGUGGAGAGAAGUCUGGGAAUCGGCCAAACCCGUUCCAGUGGUUCGACAAAAGGUUCUGUUUGAUUAUACCAAAGAAGCGGAAAAAGUUUUACACUCAUUUGCAUCUCUUACCUGUACCGGUUUAAUUAAUUACCUGGCUCCUUGUUUAAUCCACUGUGGUACAAGUCAAUUAAUCAAUCGAAUUGAAACUUUAGGCUAUACUGAAUCAGAAUUAGCGAUUAAUUUAACGGAUUUAACAAGAAAUUGUUCAUCGGGUGAUUAUGAUAAAUGUUUAACGAUCUUGGGUAAUCUGGAAACUCGUUUGGUAAAAAUUGAAACGUUAAGACGAUUGUUGAACAUGGCAGCGGAAUUAUCAUCAUCAUCAUCAUCAUCCACUGAUGAGAUAACUAGUGAGACAAUCUCAUUAUCACCAACAUCAUCUAUUUGGAAUAUGCUUAAUCCUUUAAUCUUGGGAUUAACUCAAGAAAAGGAGAUGGAAGUUGCUGGUGGAUCAAAGGGUAUUCUUGGUAAAUUGCUGGUUAAAUUGUUCACGGAAUCAAGUCGAGCUCUUUAUGAGGAGCAAACCACAGUCGGCGAAAGGGCUGUUCGGGUUUACGAUAAAUCUGACCUUCCACCUCCACUGGCCAAGGAAUACGUACUUCGAACUACCUGUCCAAGGCCUUCGGUCACUUCCAAACCUUUACCUCAACGGAUGUUUGCUUUAAUCACUCCAAAUGAAUUCAGAGUCUCCGGUGCUUUCUGUCAGGAUACAUUGUUCAGAUAAUUAAAUUAAAUCAACAAUUAACUUUACCUUUAAAGUUAAUCAUUUGUCUCUAAUCAAGAUUUAUAUUGUUUCCUAUGAAAAAGUUUAUAUUUUAUAAUCAUUUUGAAUUUUCAUCAACUACAAGUUAUUCUGAUCAACGAAUUGGCUUUUAAGUGUUUAAUCAACUGAUUAAUUAAUUUACUAUUUUCUAUCACUAAUCAAAUCUUGAUUAUCUUUUCUUUUGUUGGUUAAUCAUCAAAAUUCAUUAAUCAAAUGUACAUUGACUUUGUAAUUGAAACGUUAAAGGUUAAUGCACAUACUUUUACAAUUAAUGAUAAUCAUUUGAUUUAAUUGCAACAAUUAAAUAAGUUACACUUUCUAAUGAUGAUGAUAAUUGUACACACACACAGGAACAUGAAACUUUAAGUUAAUCACAAUUAACUUCAAUCGUGUUUACGUUUUAAUUAAAAUUAAAUAAAAACAACAAACUUUUUGUUCACUUGA